GGUGGGGGGGAGAAGGAGGAGGGAGUGUCUAGUCCGGUCCAGGUUUUGCCGGCAGCCCCCGGGCAGCGUUCAGAGCUCCUGCCCGGGCGGGCGCGCGGUGGCGGCGGCAGAGGCGGCGGAGCCUGAGCUGGGAUGUAGAGGCGACGGCAUUGGCGGCAGCAGAGGCGGCGGUGGCGGCAAGAGCAGGCGCCCGAGCGAGCGAGAAGAGCGACUGAGCUUCACCCACCCCCCCGAAACUAGGCCCUCCGUCCCAACCUUGCCUAGCCCGCGCCCAACCAUGCGCGCCGCCCGCUGAGUCCGGGCGCCGCACGCAGAGCCCUCCGCCCGCCGCGCCGCACUCCGCUCGGGGGUGAUUAGUUGCUUUUUGUUGUUUUUUAAUUUGGGCCGCGGGGAGGGGGAGGAGGGGCAGGUGCUGCAGGCUCCCCCCCCCCCCCGCCUCGGGCCAGCCGCGGCGGCGCGACUCCAGCUCCGGACCCGAGCACGGCUGGCGGCUGGAGCGGAGCGCACCGCGGCGGCGGUGCCCAGAGCGGAGCGCAGCUCCCCGCCCCGCCCCUCCCCCUCGGCCUCGCGGCGACGGCGGCGGUGGCGGCUUGGACGACUCGGAGAGCGGUGAAAACCUUCCACGUGGACAGUUGACCAUGUGCCUGCCUUGAGCAGCGAGGCCCACCAGGCGUCUCUGUUGUAGGUGGCAGAGCCAGGUGUUCGUCUGCAGACCUCCAGCAGUUGGCAAACUCCCCCAGCAGCAGGAUCCGGGCCUUGGCCCCACCAUGUCGAGCCUCAGUGGUGGCUCCCAGGACACCGGUGGCAGCAGCAGCAGUAGCAAUAACAAUGGCAGUGGUGGCAGUGGCCCAAAGGCGGGAGCAGCAGACAAAAGUGCGGUGGUGGCUGCCUCAUCCUCAGUGGCAGAUGAUGCACCACCCCCUGAGCGUCGAAACAAGAGCGGUAUCAUCAGUGAACCCCUCAACAAGAGCCUGCGCCGUUCCCGCCCACUCUCCCACUACUCUUCCUUUGGUGGCAGUGGUAGCAGUGGCGGCAGUAGCAUGAUGGGCGGGGAGUCUGCUGACAAGGCUGCUGCGGCUACAGCCGCUGCCUCGCUGUUGGCCAAUGGGCAUGACCUGGCAGCAGCCAUGGUGGUGGACAAAAGCAACCCUACCUCAAAGCACAAAAGUGGUGCUGUGGCCAGCCUGCUGAGCAAGGCAGAGCGGGCCACAGAGCUGGCAGCCGAGGGACAGCUGACGCUGCAGCAGUUUGCGCAGUCCACAGAAAUGCUGAAGCGUGUGGUGCAGGAACACCUGCCGCUGAUGAGUGAAGCAGCCGCUGGCCUGCCUGACAUGGAGGCCGUGGCUGGUGCUGAAGCCCUCAAUGGCCAGUCCGACUUCCCCUACCUGGGCGCUUUCCCCAUCAACCCAGGCCUCUUCAUCAUGACCCCAGCAGGCGUGUUCCUGGCUGAGAGUGCGCUGCACAUGGCUGGUCUGGCCGAGUACCCCAUGCAGGGAGAGCUGGCCUCCGCCAUCAGCUCGGGCAAGAAGAAGCGGAAACGCUGUGGCAUGUGUGCGCCCUGCCGGCGGCGCAUCAACUGCGAGCAGUGCAGCAGUUGUAGGAACCGAAAGACUGGCCAUCAGAUUUGCAAAUUCAGAAAAUGUGAGGAACUCAAAAAGAAGCCUUCCGCUGCUCUGGAGAAGGUGAUGCUUCCGACGGGAGCUGCCUUCCGGUGGUUUCAGUGACGGCGGCGGAAUCCAAAGCUGCCCUCUCCGUGCAAUGUCACUGCUCGUGUGGUCUCCAGCAAGGGAUUCGGGCGAAGACAAAUGGAUGCACCCGUCUUUAGAACCAAAAAUAUUCUCUCACAGAUUUCAUUCCUGUUUUUAUAUAUAUAUUUUUUGUUGUCGUUUUAACAUCUCCACGUCCCUAGUAUAAAAAGAAAAAGAAAAGAAAAAAUUUUAACUGCUUUUUCGGAGGAACAAGAACAAAAAAGGAGGUAAAGAUGAAUCUAUAAAGUACCAAGACUUCCUGGGCAAAGAAUGGACAAUCAGUUUCCUUCCUGUGUCGAUGUUGAUGUUGUCUGUGCAGGAGAUGCAGUUUUUGUGUAGAGAAUGUAAAUUUUCUGUAACCUUUUGAAUCUAGUUACUAAUAAGCACUACUGUAAUUUAGCACAGUUUAACUCCACCCUCAUUUAAACUUCCUUUGAUUCUUUCCGACCAUGAAAUAGUGCAUAGUUUGCCUGGAGAAUCCACUCACGUUUAUAAAGAGAAUGUUGAUGGCGCCGUUUAGAAGCCCCUCUGUAUCCAUCCACGCGUGCAGAGCUGCCAGCGAGGAGCUCACAGAGGGGGAGGGAGUGCCCACCCCCAGGCCCAGGCCAGCCAUGCCUCACCCACAGCCCCCAGGCUGGGAUUUCCUCACCCCUACAGUAAUGAUUUUGGAAAAAUGAAAGUUCUGUUUGUUUAUCCAUUGAGAUCUGGGGAGCCCCUCUGUCGAUAUUUCCAAUCCUGGCUACUUCCCUUAGAGAAAAUAAGUCCUUUUUUUCUGGCCUGGCUGAUGGCAACAAAAGAAAGGGCUUUUUGCGAGGUUCCCUGCUGGUGGGGGUGGGUGCCCAUAGGGCUCCCUGAGGCCUGGGCCCCCCUGCCCUUGGCCAGCUUCCUGCUGAUGAACAUGCUGUUUGUAUUGUUUUAGGAAACCAGGCUGUUUUGUGAAUAAAACGAAUGCAUGUUUGUGUCACGAA